AUGUACUCGUCUCCUAGUCAGGUCCCCCCGGCCCAACCAUCCUUCACCCCAAGGAAUAAUCCCUACCCAAACCCCGGCUUUCUGGGAUCUUCCAGCCAUGUCGCUAUCUUCAACGAAAUAUCCCCGCAAGACUAUCAUGCAUCAGAUACCUACCAUGCCGCCGAGGACAUGACGAUGCUCAUGCAAUCCCAGUCUACUGGCGAGAAUAUCUUGUUAAUCCAAGGGGCAGAUAUUCUCAGACAGCUGUUAAAUACAUUUCCUCUAGCCGCCAUGAAAGAUUUUGUUACUUUCUGGCUGGCAACGGGAGCGAAUCUAGCUCUGGCAGAGCCUUUUACCGAAAAGUGCACCGAGAACAUGACUCGCCUAUUCACCUCCUUUUCACAGGAAGAUAACUGGCAUUUGGCAUACGCCCAACGUUUAACACAAAAUUCUCGGGAACCUUUGCAAUUUAACAGCACAUCCGAUAUGGAGACUUUUUCUGCACAGUUCCUCGACCAGAAAUUCCGAUGGGAAAGUCUAGGUAUUUUCCUCUCUGCUGUGACCCGAGCAGCGAUCGAUAUCCCAUUUUUCCCGCCAUUGUUUAAAACCGAAAAGGAUCAGUUCAUGCUUCGGAAGUUGUCUACGAAGCUCAGUGAUCUCGCGCUAGAUAUUGCGCUCUCGCUGGAUUGCUUAAAUGACCUUCAGCUGGUUCUACAGUAUGAGAACUUUAUUGUACACACCCAUGUUGACGGGGACCAAAGUUAUCAUUCGUGGAGCAGACUUGGAGAUGUUGUGUCAUCCAUGUUCGCACUUGGCUACCAUGAGAAUGUCGAAAAGACCAAGCCACCAAUUCCGACUUUCCUUGCAGAAUUGAGAAAGACAGCAUGGGCCACCACAUACUCAGCGGACAAGAAUGUGGCUAUAUUCCUUGGUCGGCCACCUCGAAUGAGCAAGCGAUUCUGUCACUUUCAGCUUCCUUUGACCCCGACAAGCUCGGAUCAGGUUUCAAACACUUCACACGUUGAGGAUGAGGUUGUAAGAUGGAAAGAAGAUACACCGGUCUGUUAUAGGUCAGGUAUUCGGUGGGCGACCCUUUGCGCCGCACUGAAAGAAGAUGUCCUCGAAUUGCUUCGAUCUAAGCAUCGCGCAAAUUUCAAUCAGAAAGCUAGCAUGAUCCGGCAAAAAGCCGAAACUCAAUGGGCAAACCUACCUGCUCGCUUCCGACUUUCAACAACCUUGAAAGAAUGCUCUGGGGAUUCAUUCGAACGCGCUUUCCUAGCUAGCAUACGCCUGGACCAGCUCCAUGUUCUCUUUCUACUCCAACUAUCGUUUCUUGAUACCCUGACCGAGCCCGACCCAUCUAUACUCGACAUCUCGGAUCAAAUGCUCGCUCUUGUAGUAGAAACAAUUCUUUUACGAGAUCAACUGGUCAACUCUGGAACGGGACUCGUUUGGAAGAUCGCCCACUACGGCCUCCCUGCUGCAGGGAUUGUCCUCCUUUCAAUGCUGAAACAACACCGCACAUUAACCGAGGGGAGAUCCUCAUGGUCCAAAACAAUACUCAAUCUUGGUAUUUUUGUUGCGCAGGUCCAGGUGGGUAGCAUCGUUCGGCGUGGAGAUCCAAACUACGCCUUGAUAUCCAAAGCGACGCAGACGAUUGAGCGGUUCCUUGAUUCUAUACACCGUGAAGGGAUACAUACCCCGACGCAGCUGCCAUCGCAUCCCGGGGAGAAUGGAGACUGGGCUGCGUUUUUCAGCCAGGAUCUGUGUGAUUUCGAGACUGACUUCUGGGAAAAUCUCGCCUAUCAUCCCUCUUUGUUAGCUUCGGAUCCUAGUUUACCUCCAAUAUAG